AUGAAGAAGAAUAGGCCAUCUCCCCCGCCGCCCCUCGCUGCAAGAAGGCCCUUCUUGAUCUUGGCCGUCCUCCUCCUCCUCGUCUCUGCCUCUUCCUGCACCCGUCACGCCCUCCCCUAUCGCCACUCCCACAGUUCUUGCGAUUCUUUGGUCCAACAACAGCCCCGCUCUCUGUGCUUCCACAUCCAGAGCAUCCACCGCCACCGGCCUCUCCUGCCUUUGCCACCGCCUCCACCACCAGACAACGAGAUCGAUCCGAGGUACGGAGUCGAGAAGAGACUCGUCCCCUCAGGGCCCAACCCCCUUCACAACUGA